CAGGAGUUCUGGGACAUCCAACAAGAUAAACUCGAAUAUUGCAUUAUCACUAUCCCGGAUCCGAGCAAUAUUUUUGUAUGGAAAGCUCAAAUAAAAGGUCCACCAAAUUCUCCCUACGAAGGAGGAAGGUUUACUUUGGCUAUCAGAUUUCCCAAAGAUUUUCCACGAAACCCACCAACAGUGACUUUCGAAACUUCUAUUUUUCAUCCUAACAUUACGAAUAGCGGAGAAAUUUGUCUCGAUAUACUCCGAAAUGGGUGGACGCCUAGAGUAACCAUUGCCAAAAUAAUCCUAUCUGUUCUUUCAUUGAUGGCUUUUCCUAUGGCCGAAAAUGCACUGAACCCGCAUAUUGCACUAAUUAUGGAGAAUUCGUGGAUGGCAUUUGAGACAAUGGCUAGAGAGUGGACCACUAGGUAUGCGUGGUUUGCAGAUAGUCGUCCAGUGCAAUCACUUCAACCUGCCGCAGCAAAUUCGGACAAGGAGAGAAAGAGCAAGGGGAGCAAGAAAAGCGGGUCUGAUAAAAAAAGCAAGGGUUCAGGGUCCUCCAAAAAGGGCAAGAAAUGA